AGAUUUGGUUGAGUAAUGCUUUAAUUUCGACCAGGAAAAUGCGGCUCCUAUUCGAAGGCGGCCAGAUACUGCUUCUUGUAUUGGGAUGUUUCCUGUGUGGAACCGUGAACGCCGAGACUCGUCAAUAUCCUGGUGGCAGGAACCAAUCAGAAACACUAACGAACCAGAACUCUGGCACGAGACGAGGGAGGCCAAGGCCGGGUCGAUGCCAUACAUCCAAAGCGGACAUCUUUUUCCUGGUGGAUUCUUCCGGAAGCGUUGGAUCAAGCAAUUUCCAGUUGCAGAAAGGCUUCAUUGCUGACUUUGUCAGUCAGAUGAGAAUAGGUAUCAAUGAUGUCCUUGUUGGAGUUUUCACAUUUUCUACCACCCCAUACUAUACGAUACACUUCAGGAAAAAUCAGGAUAUGACGUCACUGAUAACGGAAGUGAACGGCAUCCCGUACAAGAGUGGGUCAACGCACACGGGUACAGCUAUCGAGUACGUCAUACAACAGGCACUAACUACUACUUCCGGUAACAGGGCUGAUGCGCCGGACACCCUGAUAGUGAUGACCGAUGGUCAGUCAAACAAUAAGGCAAUGACGCUUGCAGCAGCCAAGCACCUGCACGCGACAGGGACCGAUACGUUCGCCAUCGGUAUUGGGAGAGGGGUCAAUAUGGAAGAGCUCAAUGCGAUAGCCUCAACUCGAGGCAAGGUCAAGGUCGUUUCAAGUUUUCACGACCUCCGGGGAAUUUCUAAAACGCUGUUUAGAACAUCUUGUUUCGCAAACACCCCACAGACUUCGACGACGUCUACCACAACUACAACACAAACGACAACUACUCCAACUACAACACCGACAACAACACCAACAACUACUACAACACCGACAACAACUACUACAACACCAACAACUACAACCACCACCACGACGCCUACAACUACAACUCCAACCACCACCACCACGCCUACAACUACAACAACUCCGACAACUACGACCACCACUACAACACCAUCAACUACUACAACACCUACAACCACUACAACACCAUCAACUACAACUUCAAGGAUAACUACCACACGCGUACCAACGACUAUGGCACCACUAACGACACCCGUACCGACUUCGGCAUCCAAAGUGUGUGCUACUCCUAUGGCGGACAUCGUGUUCCUUCUGGACUCCUCGGGGAGUGUAGGCGAGGCAGACUUCCGGAAAUUGUUGAACUUCGUGUCGGAGUAUGCGCAGUAUGCCACCAUUGGUCCGAACGAUUUACAAAUGAGUGUUUUGACAUUUGCCUCUGACGUCACGGCUAAUUUUGAUUUGAAUACAUAUGACAGCAGUGAUGCUGUAGUAAAUGCCAUUCUGAGGGUACCAUACAAGGACGGAGGGACACACACAGAAAAGGCCCUACAGAUGGCGCUGUACCACAGCUUCACUCGACAGACCGGAGAUCGCCCUAAUGCCAAAAAUGUACUCGUGAUCAUCACAGACGGGUAUUCGUAUGAUCACCAAGCGACAUUGUACGCGGCUGAAAUGUUACAUCUGUAUCAAAUAGAGACAGUUGCUGUCGGAGUGGGACAGGGGGUGGAUGUGUCCGAACUACAAGGGAUAGCAACAGACAGCAGGCAUGUGCUCACAGCGGCCAACUUUGAUUCCCUUAACUCUCUAAGGUCACAACUGCAGUUGUUUUCUUGUACAUAGAUAAAUAAUUAUUAAACUU